CCAGCACACAGCUAGACCUUAGUUCUAUUGUGCGCGCUCCUUCACGAUGUAACUAAACUGCGGCCGUGGGUGGUUUGUAAAUUGAAUAAUGACAAUUUGACUGUUUCCGUAUUCGAGAUUGUUCUUAGUAUUGUUAAUACUGUCGAGGGAAUGGCAUCGAUCAUGAACAUCACCACCGUGGAACCGACUACCCUAAACCCAUCUCUCUACCCAUACGAGGCCCGCAUCGGCGUGGCCUGUGUGUGGAUCGUAGCCGCGGUCCUCGGACUCGUUGGGAACAGCCUCGUGAUCUGGUCGGUCGUCCUGUCCAAGAAACUCCGCACGGUGACCAAUACCUUCGUGGUCAACCUCAGCCUGGCCGAUUUGUGGACAAGUCUGUCUUACCCGUGGCAGGUUCUUGCCAUACUGAGCCGUGAUGGUUGGCCGCUAUCUACAGAGUUCCCAUGCAUUAUCGCAGCAGUGCAACUUUACACCGGCCUUGGUGCCAGCCUGCUGUCCUUAGCGGCGAUAGCCUGCAAUCGCUUCGUGCUGGUCAGUCAGAAACCUGCAACAUACCGACGUUGGUACACCCCGGGUAAAGUUGCUAUCAUGAUCGCUGUGACGUGGACUUGCCCUUGUGUUGUGUUUUUUCUUCCCCCGAUCAUAGGCAUCGGUGAGCUGGGAUACGAUCCUCAGGACCACACCUGUUCAGACAAGGAUGGUCAUCCCCGCGGCCCAGAGUACAACCUGGCUCAAUCUCUUGGGCUGUUCCCGGUUCCCCUAAUCAUCAUCAUCAGUGCCUACACGGCACUCUAUAUCCAUCUCAAACGUCACUUCAGGAAGCAGAAGAGGAGACACACUCAGCAAGAUAGCCCAGCUCAGGUUAACGAGGAAGUUGGACAGUCAACAGUCAGUUUCAGCGUAUCGACCGAGUCCCAAGGGAUAGCCGCCGACGACGUAGCUAAAAAUAACCGACGAAGGAUCAGCCGUCAGCAGCUUGCAAUCACCAAGAAUCUCUUCAUGGUCUUCUGCAUCUUCUUGCUGUUGAUGUCCCCUUAUUUCAUCUCUCUGGCCGUACCAAGCGGUCGUAACUUUGCUCUCUACGGACUAACCAUCAGUAUCGUAAAUAGCUGUGUUAACCCCAUCAUCUACACGAUUAACCACCCUCAUUUUAAGGGAGUGCUCAGGAGCAUCCUUCGAUGCCGCUACUCUAAGAUACCUCAACCAUCCGACUGGCUGAAAACUGUGUUGUCUCGGAGAAAGUGAGCUCAAGGUAUCGCCGAUUAUGUUGCGAGGUACUCUCUAAAUUCCAAAGAGUGAAAUUAGGGACUAGACGUUUUAGAGAGAAAAUCACUCUCAUUUUAGAUUGAAAGAGUCUGAAAAAAAAGAACCACUUCAAU